AUGAACGACGUAUCGUCGUCGUCUUGUUUAUGGCUAGGAGAGGGUGAAGGUGGGCGCGAGGAGGCAGGCGACGGCUGUAACUUGGCAAUAGACAGCUGGGAGACAGACUUGGUUGCGCUUGUGUGUGAAUUGAUGGUUGAGGAGUCGAGGAUAGUGACGGGUGGCGCGGCGAAAGGACUAGUAAGGAAACAUUGA